AUGGUGUCUCUAGUAGGUACCCUAGGUAACAAGCACAAAAAACAUAAGUACUUCACGCAGUUAAAUCAAGUCGAAUUUCAUUUAAUCAAUUAUAAUGGACGUACGACUGGUCUCUGGUCAUCGGCAAUGUUCGGUGUGUGGGGCUGGAAUUGGAAGCAAUUGCCUACGAUGUUUCCUGAAGGCAUCAAAUGUCAAUCCUUCUACGCUAGAACAUUUCUGCGAUUUCCAUGCUGCGGCCAGUUCAGUGAUCCAACAUUGAGCGUUCCAAUUAUAAUCGGUGGGCCUAGCCUUUUGCUCAAAAGCACAGAAGGCGGCAUGGAUGCAGUUAUAUGUAUAAUGAAUAUUAAUGAAAAUGAGGUUUGA